AGAGAAAAGAAGUAGAAAAUAACCUCUUAAAACAGUUGUAACCGAUUAAAAGUGUUUUGAAUUUAUUUCCACCACUCAAAAAGGAGUUUUCUAGCAAAAAUACCAAUGGAAUCACAAGUUAAAACCUUCUUGAUUCCGAACGAUUUGUGUAAACGAGCAGGAGUAGCGGGAACAUGGGCAAGCUUAGAAAACGUAGCGGUUUUCGCGUACGAGAAGCGAAAUAUAAGCCAAAAGGACGAACCGAGCCAUUUCGCCUCGAACGAUCCGUCCUCUGUGUUUCUCUUGCGCCAGGACGUCAUCCUGUUCCAUCCGAUACUAAGAAAACUAGUCAACGAAUCUAAUGGGGUAUUUUUAUCGGUUCAAAACGUAGCGACCAACAAAAAUUCCGAUACGAAAUUCGAAUUGUUCAAAAUCAGCAGGCAAUACAGGUCGAUAAUAAGAGCGUGUUUGGAGAACCUCCAAGACGAGCACACGAAAAGCCACGAAAACGAUGAGAAGUCGAUGUUGCAGAAUUACAUCACGAUAUUCUAUUCCAUCGAAUGUAUCUGGCAUUUGUGUGAAAUACUCUUUAUGGAUACCAUGCAAGGUAAUUUCGUGUUAUCGCAGUUGCUGGAAUGGGUGAAUUUUCAUUUUCCUGAAUACGAACGGAAUGCUGCGAACAUGCUGGCUGAAAACGAAAUCGGCCUGGAAGAGAAGCCCGAGUAUUGGGAUACCGUGUUAGGGGCGCUUCUCCAAGGGCGAAUUAAGCUUGUUCGAUCGCUGUUAAAAAGGCAUUCCUCUUCCGAUAGCAGCGCUUUUGUGCUUAUUGAACAAGCAUUAAAAUCCAUGCCUACAUUUAAUGGUUCUUGCGGAUCAUCUUUAAACGAAUUUAACAUGCAACGGAGGCAUUGGAUAAUGGACGUACAAUCGAAAAUCGACGCUAAAAUGUUCAGUACCGAGAAACAUUUAGAUUUAAUAAUGAGACUGACUGUAGGGGAGGAAAAGGCUUGGAUCGAAGUGCAAGACAAGUGCGACGUUUGGUACGCUUAUUUAGCCGGUUGGCUGUUUUUCACCGAACCAACGGUCAAAUCGUUCGAGCUGGGCCGGUUCGCUAAGAGGGCCAUGACCAAGCUACGCAUGAACGAGCACCUGAGGCAAUUAGAUAAGAUAUUAUUGGCUGCAAUGGAGUUUGAUGUGUUCCAAGUUAUUAAAGAAAUCCAGCACAUGUACGACAACGGAUGGUUCGUCAGCCACCUAACAGAUCUCUUGUAUCACUGCGAUAGAUUGAGCGAUUUGGAAAAGGAGGUGUCCGAUUUUUCGGCGGAAAAGUUGAGAGAAUCGUUUGUGAUAGAUUACGGUUGUACUUUGAUGAGUCACAAAUCGUUGUGGCAAGUCGGGUUGACGUAUUUGGAUUGUUGUCCGAACGAUGGUUUGAGAGUUAUAGAGUUGAUACUGCCGAGAAUCCACAUGGAGACUGAGGCGAAGGCUCAGAAAAUUGUGCGAGAAGCUAAAAAUAGGGAGUUGACUCAAGUGGUUCAAAGUGUUUGUAAAGUACAAGGUAUGUUGUCGAUGAGAAGAGGUAGACUAGGUAACGCCCUUUCGUGGGCUCUGAAAUCUCAAGAUGGUUCUUUUACUUCAUUUUUGGCGGAUAAAUUUCUCAAAAAUUAUUUAAAAUUGGGCAAAUUCGACAGUCCUGAUAUUUUGGAUGAUUUGGGAUCUGGAAUGUUACUCAGCGAUAGGUUGAUAUUCUUAGGGAAAUAUUACGAAUUUCACAAGUUGUAUCAAAACGGUGACUACAAAGAAGCGUCGACAUUGUUAAUUUCAUUACUGGCUUCGAAAAUUAUUCCCAAGUAUUUCUGGUAUGUUCUUCUGAUCGAAUCGAUUCCACUGUUAGAAAGUGACGAGCUUCUAUUUUCGUCUAAUGCCACAUUUACUAUUAUGCGGUGUUUAGAAGAGAAACAAACCGAGCCGGAAUUGAAAGAUAAAAUAGAUAUUUUAAGGUUAGCAUUGGCCAGGAAUUUAUCUAGAGCUUUAACGUAUGAGGCUCAAAAUAUUAGUUAAACUAUUCUUUUUUUAAUGAAUAUUUUUUCCUCACUGCCAAAUAGUUUUAAGGUCAAAUCUCAUCCCUAAAAUAAAUCGUUAUAUUUUCAUGUCUCUUUGAACCAGUAAAAGUAUGUAAAAAUAAAAUGAAAACAAUUUAUUACCU